GUUCUGCUGUUGGGCAUGGGGGCGGACGAACAGUUUGGUGGUUACAGUCGUCAUCGAAAGGCAUUUGAUCGAGAUGGCAUGCUCGGAGCUCUCUGCCAGGUUGAGCAGGACAUCCGGCGGAUUCCAACCCGCAAUCUUGGGCGGGAUGACCGGGUCAUUGCUGAUCAUGGGCGUGAGGGGCGAUAUCCUUUUCUAGACGAGGCGUUUAUGUCGCUCGCCAAUGCGCUGCCCUUGGCGGUCAAGGCUGACUUUACUGGAGAGCGGGGCUUGGGAGAGAAAAAGUUGCUGCGGAUGAUGGCCGAGGCCGUGGGCUUGGCAUCAGCAGCGCGACUCCCCAAGCGUGCCAUCCAAUUUGGCUCCCGCAUCGCCAAGAUGGAGCGUGGCGCCCGAACUGCAGGCCAUCAUCGAAUUGGGCCCAACAAGCCAGCUCGAGAGUAG